AUGGGUUGUGAGAGUCAACGACAGAAUGAUACGACUCCCGGACCGCCACCUUCCGCGCGGUCUUCAAGCAGAAUGCAACAAACUUGGCUUGCCGCUUCCGCCAGCGGCGGAGACGGCCGCGGAGACGCGGCAGCGGCGGCUUUCACGCGAAAUCCCCUGCAUUUUCGUCAGCAGGCUACCGCGUCGCCCGCCGCCAUUCUCGGCGCGUCUCCCGCCGCAAUACCCGCCUCAAUGCCGUUUACAACCGCCCAAGCCGCAGCCGCGGCCGGUUUUCGGACGGAAAUGGCUCCCGCGGCGCCAUUUUCGUCGCCGGGUAUCACGGCAGGCGUCGAGCCCGUGCCGUUUUCGGCUCUUGCCGCGUCGUCAGCUCUGUGGAGCGCAUUGGCGCAACAGCGCUCGUUGGCGCAACAGAUCUCGUCGGCGCAACAGCGCUCGUCGGCGGAACAGUUCUCGUCCGCGCAAGAGCUCUCGUCGGUGCGACAGAUCUCGUCAGCGCAACAGCAGCGGCAAAUGUCGGCGGAAGAGCUGCUCUCCUCGGCGGAACAGCUGCAGAUGUCGUCCGUCAUCGCCGCAACUUCCGCCGGAGACGGCGGCGGUCGCGUCGGCGACGACGCGACUUCGCAGGGAGUCGCAACGCUGCGACCGCCGCCCAGCGGCCGACCGCCGGACGACUCCAGCGAACCGUCGCUUGAGCUGAGUGAUUGGCUUACGCGAAUCACUCGAAUCCCUGACCCUUUGGGUGGUCUGCGCAGUGGCAGUGAUAACCCGAUUUCGGGCAAUAACCAACAUAAUGUCGCUGGUCGCACGUCUAUUUCCGCUUAUGUGGGGGAGCAUAUGAGCGACGCGUUUUCCUGGCGCGCGGGGAGCUUCCGCCGGUCACCCGCCGAGCGCGCAAUGCCCCCCGGCGAGAAGGGGGACGGCGCCUCAGCGGAGUUUUUCUCGUAUCCGCGUGAGCCCCGCGCAGCACAGGGGGGCGCAGUGAACGCGGGCGGAUUUUGCACAGGCGGCGGCGGAAGCGUGGGUGACGCUAGUUUAGGGGCUUCAGGACGGGAGCAGAUAGGAGAUUCCGGAACACCGCGUUGGAGAGGAGUGGCAAAGGUAGAGUCGGCUGCAUCAGCAGCUGCUAUGGGGCUAGGGGCUUUUGGGAGCCUUCAGAGGCUUCAGGAGUUUCAGGAGGUAAAGGGGAUUCAAGAGGGGUUUGCGGGAUUUGGAGGCGGUGGUGAUUCUUUUGAAGGGCGCGCAUCAGUAACAACACUAGAACCAACGUCCCCUGCUGUUCAAUUCGCUGCAGCGGGUGCCGCAGCAGCUGCUGCUGCUGCCGCUGCUGCUGCUGCCGCUGCUGCUGCUUCUGAUGCCGCUGAUGUUCCCAGUGUCGAUCCAGUACCUCUUUCUGGAGCAGGCUCGGACUCGCUUGGCUCGACAGAGGUCCGGUCACCCCCCGGCCUCGCCCAGCAGCGGUUGUUCAGCCUUGGAGGGCCAUCCUUGUCCCCGCUGCUAGACUCCACUGCCUGGCCACUCGCAGAGCAGGGAGGUGCAACUCCCUUGCCUGGAGGGGCCCUGCCUGUGCCGCUGCCAGAGCAGCAUCCUCGUUAUAAGGAAGCAGCAUCACCGCAGCUGAGGCCGAAACGCGAAGCUUGUGAGGAGGAAGCAGCGGGAGAUGGAGGAGUUGCCUCAGGGGAUGCGAGGAGGAGAAGGCUUUCCAUGGACCACGGUUUCGUGUCACCCAGGAUUGCACACACUGCAACUUACAAUGCGACUCAUGGCGCAACUCAGACUGCGACUCGCAGCGCGAUUCAAAUCGCAACCGACAACGCGAUACAAAUCGCAACGUACAGCGCGAUUCAAAUCGCGACUCGCAGCGCAAUCCAGAGCGUGACUCACAGCGUGAUUCACAGCGCGACUCACGGCACGCCCCACAAGGCGUCAGAAUUCUCGCCUUCAAAGGGGCCCUCGGAAACGUUUUUGGAUCCUCCUGAGCACUCAGGAUUGCCUCUACCAGCACCUGCCCCAGUCCCAGCAGCAUCAGCAUCAGCAUCAGUAUCAGCAUCAGCAUCAGCAUCAGCAGCAGCAUCAGCAUCAAGCUCCCAGCAAAUGACAGGCGCCUGCGCUGCAGGAUCUCAAUGGUUCCCCGCCGCCCAGGCGGCCGUGUCCAAGUCAUUGGCACACUACGCAGUGCUCUCAAAAUGGGCUGCGGAAUCCAGUGGGGGGAGAAGAGAGGCCAACCGGGCGGCGGCAGCAGCAGGAUCCUCUCGAGCGCAUCAGCCAGAGCAACGCGUGGCAGACAUCUCACCUGGAGGAGCAGGGCCCACAGCAACGCCUGGCGAUUGGAUGCGCCCAUCCACCACUUCCUCUGCCUCCGCUCUUCACGCACCUCCAAAGGAAUCGUUUUACCACUCACGGGAAUUUCAGCAGCGCCUGGGAGAGGACUCGUCGGAAGGAGGGGGUUUGCAGUGGAUGCGUCCAUCUGCUGGGUCAUCCUCUUCGGCUUUAACUUCAGAUGCCACUCCCAGCCAGCCAGCCCGUGCUGCUGAGAGCUCCAUUGCCGCUAUACUGUCAUCGCAGGGACGGUUACAGGGUCAGGGAGAUGUUGAUUGGAGUGCUGUCAGUUCGGUAGGUGGAGCUGCAUAUCCCCCAUUUAAGCUGUCUCCACGAGAGAUGCACGAGUUUGUGCACUUGGGCGAACACCACAGCGAUGCACGUAGGGAGCAAGAGCAGCUUCGCCAUAAGAUUCUCCAGCAACAGCAAGCGGAUCGAGGAUUACCAGUGGAUAUGCAGCAGCAACAGCACCAAAAGGGUGUAGAGUGUAGUGAUCAGGCAGAGAGAAGCCAGGGUGCUGCUGUAGUGCAGCCAAAGAGUACAGAGGAUGGAGGAGCUGAUACUGAAUCUGGUGCUAGGCUGGACUUAAGAUUGUCACUGUGA